AUGCAGCGAAUGCAUGAAGAGGUAGCCCUCACGCGGAAGUCUACGGAUACGCCCUGUCUCUCACACGCACACUCACUCUCUGAGUCUCUCGAGGAUAUCGCAGCGGAGCAGCGCGUGCAGUUGAAAGGAUUACAGUCUUUCGUCACGAUCCUGCAGGUCAUCAAGUCGCUAUGUCGCGAGCCCUGGCUUGAGAUCCAGCCGUCAGAACACGCCGCCAAAUCUUGGUACGGACACUGGGCUGUAGCAUCCCGUGCCAUGUACCCCUCCUUGAACCCCUCCAUGCCCUCCCACAACUCUCUCACUCACCAUUUCAACUACAAGAUGAACCGCAUUCAUUCACACCUCAGUAAUGAGAUACUUGCCUCUUCGAACGAGACCAGUCGGAGAAUUGCCUUAUCUUACCUACAGGGUGCAAUACCGACGGCAUGCCUGAUCUGGGUAACCCAGGAAACAAAUGACGAGAUAUUGGCCCGCGGCCCAGGCCCAAGUCUCACCUCUGACUACCUACACGCCCGUACCAUGUUGCGCCCACGUCUCAGUCUCUUUUCUCUGCCUCGAAGCCACCUAAACAUGCAUUCCAUGUUGUUAUCCGACUCUUUCACGGUCCACGAAUCUCAGCGGAACAGAACCCCCACGUGUCUCUCAGGAAUUCAUGUCCGAGGAACGGGUCGCUCUCCCGAGUCAUUCUCAAAUCGUCCCGUGCUUUUUCCCCACCCGACUUGGGGAGACGGGAGGAAAGCCUGGACCCAUGAAAACGUUGGCUCGUUCAGGUCUUCAGUCCAGCAGCAUGAGAAGAACUUUGCCGUCGAGAUAAGAGGCUAUUCGAGGCGAGACUUCUUUUAUCAAAAUGGUAAUGUAACGUGCAUGUUGCCACCCAUCAUUGCAUCUGGAGCCAACACGCAUUCUGUCCGGUCACACAAACCACUAUCAUGCGGCUCGGCCGAGCAGACAAACAACCGUGGUGACGAACAUUCUGCUCGAAUGAAAUCGAGUAGUUGUGAUAAUUACGAGAACAACCUACCACCUCCGUCCAGUAGUCUCUACAUAAGCUCCACCUACAUAUCUCUCACAGCAUGUCAUGACUUCCCUCUUACCCGAUGGACCAAACCCCUCAUGAAGAUGGGCGACACUUGUACGAUUGCACUUAUACCAACGGCGCCUGGGUCUCCCGCUCUCCGUUUCCUUGCUUGUGACAACUACCGGAGUGGCGUGCCCUUAGGAUCUUAUCUCGACCAAGUUCAAACCGCCCCGUUCGACCGCAGCACGUGCUUAUCAAGCUCGAACCGACUCAUCAGGGUCCUUCUUCUCAACGCAUAUUCUCACUGCAUGAGUCAGCUAAGCCCACGGUUCCGAGGAGAAAAGUGA